CCUUUGCGCAACAUACAUCAACAUAAAAUUCUUGCUUCCCGCCUGGCACCAGGACUCGUGUAGAUGCGCUAAAUUCCUACUUUUCACUAUAUUCUGUGAAGGGCAUUGUAUUGGGCAUAUGCCAAAUUUACGGCUUCUCCGAUUUUUUGCAUUGUCCAAAAUAUCUGGACGGCGUUGGCAGAGCACUAAUGCUCUGAAAUCAGAAUAUCUCGAUAUCCUUGGGGAGCGCUAUGCGACAGACGACAUAACAAAUGUUACACCAGCCAUUUUGUCUAGAAUCCCACUGCGCCUUCACAGCCAACCUAACCAUCCACUGAGCACCUUGCGCUCCCUCAUCGAGUCGCAUUUUCCGGACUAUGCUCAUUUGUCUUCUCUGUCGCCUUUGGUCACCCCCUUCAAGAAUUUCGACGAACUCUCUUUCCCGAAGGACCAUCCAGGGAGGGCUGUGACCGAUAGUUACUACAUAAAUAGAGGGUUAAUGUUGCGGACACACACCUCAGCGCACGAAGUUGAAGUCUUUGCACAGGGGAAGACACAGUGGCUGUUGACGGCAGACGUGUACCGCCGCGACGAAAUAGACGGGUCGCAUUACCCUGUAUUCCACCAGAUGGAGGGCGCGCGCAUCUGGUCCGCUGACGCGUCCGGCAUGAAGGAGGUCGAGCACGACAAUGAACGCCUUUCCAGCCAUCUGACCCGGUCAAACAUUGUCAUUGAGGAUGUACCCCAUCUUUCCCCUGCGAAUCCGGCCCAACCAGUGCACGAUCCUCGUUAUUCUGAGCUGGUCGCGAAAAAUUUGAAGCUGUCACUGAAUAGCAUGAUUUUGCAUCUUUUCGGUGGUGUUGGCGGUGCGACGAAAGAAAACCCGUUACGAGUGCGUUGGAUCGAGACGUAUUUCCCCUUCACGAGUCCUAGCUUUGAGGUUGAAGUAUUCUUUGGAGGCAAAUGGUUGGAAAUUUUAGGGUGUGGUGUGGUGCGACAGGCCACUUUGGAUACUGCUAACGUUCCUCAUAAGAUUGGUUGGGCUUUUGGACUGGGUCUAGAGCGAAUCGCGAUGGUCCUCUAUUCGAUUCCUGACAUCCGUCUGUUCUGGUCCACCGAUACUCGGUUUUUGUCCCAAUUCAAGCAGGGAGAAAUCAGUCAAUUCAAGCCCUACUCCAAGUACCCUUCUUGCUUCAAGGAUGUUAGUUUCUGGACCACCCAAGAUGUCAGCGUCCAUGAAAAUGACUUCUGCGAUCUGGUUCGCGACGUCGCAGGGGAUCUAGUGGAAGAUGUAAAGAAGAUUGACUCGUUUGUUCACCCAAAAACGAAUCGGACGAGCCUGUGUUAUAGAAUAAACUAUCGGUCUAUGGAUCGCUCCCUGUCGAAUGAAGAAGCAAAUGUAGUACAACAGGAGGUGGUCUCUCGACUGAGGGAGCAGUUCAGAGUAGAGAUUCGUUGA